AUGUAUGAUGCCUCUACCGACCCGGAGGAUCAUCUCUCGGUCUUCCUGACGCACAUGCGUCUGCAAACUGCUGCUGACGAGGUCCGCUGCAAAACUUUUCCUAUGUUCCUGAAGGGAAAAGCACGGCUCUGGUUCCAGGGGUUGAGGCCAGGUUCUAUACGGAGCUUUCCCGAGCUGGCUCGGCAGUUUGCAGCCCAGUUCGUCUCCUCGAAGACCUACGCGAAGAACGCGACCCACAUGAUGUCCAUCAGGCAGAGGUCUGACGAGUCCUUGAGGAAUUUCAUGACCCGCUUCAACGCGGAGAGCUUGCAGGUCAGGGACAAGGACGAAAAAGUGGUCAUGGCCGCCUUCACAAACGGGCUCAGGGUAGAAGAGCUCUUCUACGAUCUAGCCAAGAAGCCUCCCGUAAACCUGGAGGAGCUCUUGCGCAGGGCGCACGAGGCUGCUAAUGCGGAGGAGGCAGGUCGCUUGAAAAAAGAAUCGGAUCGGGAGAUCGGAAGGGUCGGACAAACCCCCACGAGGGCAAGGACGCCCCGGGCAAGAAGAACGUCUUCGAUCGGCUCUCGAGGGAGAAGGCCCCCGCUCCGCCCCCACUCCCAGAGAAGACCUACACCCCUCUAA